AUGUCUUCGUCUUUGGAAGUAGUCCGCUCAGUCAAGCUGGGAAUUCUCGUCCCGACAAAUCUUAUAGGAAAUAUCCUGGUAGUUUUAGUGGUCAUGCGCACAAGAAAAUCUUUACAGACUCCUAUGAACUACUUGCUUGUUAACCUGGCCUUCGCUGACAUCACGGUGGCCGUGUUUAUGGUCAUUGACCAACUGUUUUUUCACAUGGUACAUCACCCUGAAGGUGUUGCUGGAGAAAUCCUAUGCAAGCUCCUCACUGGAAAGAUCCUUACCUGGGUGGGCUCUGUGGCAUCGGUGUGCACACUUGUAGUGAUUGCUUUUGAAAGGUAAUCUGACAGAAUUUUGCAUUUUGACGGCUUUAUAGCAUAUAGGGGCUGGCUAUAUUCUCUCUAAAGUAGUCUGUCUCGCAGCCGAGAGAAACGUUCCGUGGCGACAGAAAUUGUGUCAAGAUUUUUUGAUAUUGCUUUACAACUCUGCUCUAGAAACACGGGAAUCAAAAUCCCGAUGUAAUCGUCCUUGGGCGUACUUUCCGAGCUGCUAUCCCGGUCAAAAAAACGUGGGACACUUCCGUUUGUUUGGGUAUGCACUGUGCAGUCCCCUCGCCCCGUUGCAUUGUUGUUAUGAAAAAGCAAAGUUUGGGAACGUUUUUCAACUAGACAAUCUGAUUACCAAUAUUUUCUCUUUUUAAAUUAUUAUUAUUUUUUAGUUGAUUUAAUUUUUUUAUUUCUUAUUUUUAUUUAUCACUUGUAAAUGUAGAUUAUGUAAAUUAUCACGUUGUAAUUUUUAUGGCACAUUUGCAUUUAAACGAGCUAUUGCUCAUAUGCGAUAUGUGGUUAAAUAAAAUUACUUACUUACUUACUUCAACGUUGUAAUGGAAGAUUCGGGGGGGGGGGGGGGCAAUCAACCAAGUGCCCCAACUUUUUGGUCCAGGGUUUUUAACCCCCCGUUUCCCUAUUUUUAUGAAAAAAAUUUUUUUGCAGGUUUCUAGCCAAAGUUUUUCCUAUAAAACGAACACGACCAGCAACCAAGAGAAAAACUAAUGUAAAUAAUGUAAAUUAUCCCGUUUUAAUUUUUUUUGACAAUUGUCUAUUAAAACGGCUAAUUCCCAUAUGCGAUAUGGGGUUAAAAAAAAUUAUUUACUUACUUACUUCAACGUUUUAAUGGAAGAUUCGGGGGGGGGGGGGAGCAAUCAACCAAGUGCCCCAACUUUUUGGUCCAGGAUUGUUAACCCGCCGUUGCCCUAUUUUCAUGAAAACAAUAUUUUUGCAGGUUCUAUGCCAUAGUGUUGCCUUACAAACGCACAGCACAGCUGACCAAGAGAAAGACUGUUGUAACUGUGGUAUUCUGCUGGAUAAUUGCCUUAACAUUCAAUUUACCACUGUUCGUCGUUCGCAAGCGAAAUCUCAACUUCAAAGAGACUGGGUUCUUCUGUAGAAGCUAUUGGCCAAGCAAGCAGUUAGCAAUCGCCUACAACUUUCUUUGGUUGGUUUUUGUUGGUGUUGUUCCAGUCGUCCUUAUGGCUGUCUUGUACGGUCGGAUUGUGUUCAGCUUAUGGUUUCACCAAAAUAGCGUGACAAACGAAGCGCAGAAAGCGCGCUUAAAAUCCCGAAAACGCGUGACAAAAAUGCUGGUCACGCUGAGCGUUAUUUACGCCGUGUGUUGGUUUCCAAACUUGUUAAUCAACACCAUAAAUUAUUACAUAGAAAUUCCCGCCCUUCGUUCAAUCGGUUAUCUUGUUUCGGAAAUGCUGGUACUUCUCAAUUCAAGCAUUAACCCAUUUGUGUAUGCUUUGCAAAGCAAGCAAUUCCGGGAGGCCAUUAAGACCAUUGUUUGUUGUCGCGAGGGGGGUAGGGUCAUGCCACUUGUAGCCGCCACAAGAAAUGAGACCACACUAGUUCGAGUCCUGUAA